AUGGAGAUGUGCCUGGAUGACCAGUGGAAGCUGUCCAAGAAGGGGAACCGGAGGUCGGCGGCAGUGACGCCGGCGGCGUCCAGUCCAGUGGGCCUCAAGGGCCGGACAUCGAAGGGCUCGGGCAGGUCGGUGCCAGGGCGGCUGGCGAGCAUGGCCAGGGAGCAGAAGGCCAGAUUCUACAUCAUGCGGCGGUGCGUCACCAUGCUCGUGUGCUGGCGCGACUAGCCAACCCAGCCCCGGGGGCUUGCUGUGUUCUUUGGUUUGAGAGUCAGAGGUAGAAGAAACUAAGAGAUGCGCCUGAAUUUCCAUGGUCAUCCUUGGUUUGGUAGAUAGAUAUCGUAGACGAUACCAUGUGUCACAACAGGGCAGCUGCCACUGAUGAUGUACUAUCAUCCUUAG